AUGGGAGAUUUUAACAGUUUUUUGGGUUUUGAUGAUAAAACUGGUAGUAAUUAUUAUAACCUUACUGAUAUGGAUCAAUUUGCUCAAUUUCUUCAUAAAUUUAGUCUUUCUCCUCUUAAUUUUGAAGGAGAUAAAUAUACUUGGCAUAAUAGUUCUGUGUGUGAGCGUCUUGAUUGGGCUAUUGAUUCUGAGCCCUGGAGGACUUUAUUUCCUCAUGCUAUGUUGUACCAUCUGUCGUUUUAUGGUUCGGAUCAUCGAGCCCUUAAGGUUGUCCUUCAUCGUGAUAAUAACUCUAAUAGGCUUCCUGUUUUUAAAAAGCGCUUUCAUUUUGAAAAUAUUUGGCUUGAAAAUCCUAGUUUUUACACUACUGUCCAGGAUUUUUGGAGGAAUUCUUCUCAUCUUUCUGUUAAUCAGGAUGCUCUUGGUCUCUUUCUAGUUCGUCAGAACUCCUGUGUCUUUGCUUUGAAAUAUUGGCAUAAAUCUAUUAUGCCAGUUUUCCAAUCUCGAAUCCAGGAUAUUCAAAAAGAGAUUGUUAGGAUUCAAUCUUUGACUUCUGAUAGUAGAGAGUCUAAUGUUCAACUUAAGUAUCUCCAAUCUCAACUUGAUGCUCUUCUUUACAAAGAAGAGAUUUAUUGGAAGCAACGGGCUCGUGUUAACUGGCUUCAAAAACACCAAGUUUUUUCAUAG